GGGCGCGCGGCGCUUCCCCGUAGUCGCCGGGCAGCUGGACCCGGGCGCGGAGGGCAGCGCACCGGCCUGGGUGCCCGGCCUGCGGGCGGCACUGCGCCCUCCCUGCUCCCCGGCCCGGUCCCGGGGAUCCAGUGGUGCCCACGCCGCCCCUCACCCACGCCGCCUUUCCCCGGUGUCCGCGGCCCGAUGCUGCGGGCGCCGCGGGAGAGGCACAGCCGGCGCGGAGCCAGCGGCGGCGGCCGAGUGAGCGCGGCGGGACCCGGGCCGCGGAGCCCCGUGCGGUGUUGCGGUCUUCGCGCCUGGGACUCGGCGGGACUCACACGUGAAGGAGCAGCGCGGCCUUUGUCUUGGAAAAUUGCUGGUGGUACGGCGAUUGGGCAGACAGCUGCCUGAAGCUCCAGCAGCCUUCCCGCAUUCUCGGCCGUAAGGACCAGAGGACCUGUGGGAAACGGAUUCCUUAAGAGUGCAGGAGAGCCAGCCAUGAGAGGCUACCUCGUGGCUAUAUUCCUGAGUGCUGUCUUCCUCUACUACGUGCUGCAUUGUAUAUUAUGGGGAACAAAUGUCUAUUGCCUUUCCCCAGACUCCACAAGUCCGCACCUCCACCUGAACCACAGCCACGGGGUGCCACCUGUGGAAAUGAAACGAAGAAAUAAGAUCCAGCAGUGUUCAUCAAAGCCAGCAUUUGCCUCUCUCCUGAGGUUCCAACAGUUUCACCCUUUUCUCUGUGCAGCCGAUUUUAGAAAGCUCGCUUCCUUAUAUGGUAGCGAUAAGUUUGAUUUGCCCUACGGGACGAGGACAUCAGCGGAAUAUUUUCGACUUGCUCUUUCAAAACUGCAGAGCUGUGACCUCUUUGAUGAGUUUGACAACAGUGUGCCGUGUAAAAGGUGUGUGGUGGUUGGUAAUGGAGGAGUUUUGAAGAACAAGACGUUAGGAGAAAGAAUUGACUCCUAUGAUGUAAUAAUAAGGAUGAAUAAUGGUCCCGUUUUAGGACACGAAGAGGAAGUUGGGAGAAGGACAACCUUCCGACUUUUUUAUCCAGAAUCUGUUUUUUCAGAUCCCAAACACAAUGAUCCUAACACCACAGCGAUUCUCAUAGCUUUUAAGCCGCACGAUUUAAAGUGGUUGUGGGAAUUGUUGACGGGUGGCAACAUAAACACUAAUGGUUUUUGGAAAAAACCAGCCUUAAACCUGAUCUAUAAACCAUAUCAAAUCAGAAUCUUAGAUCCUUUCAUUAUCAGAACAGCAGCUUAUGAACUGCUUAAUUUCCCAAAAGUGUUUCCCAAAAAUCAGAAACCCAAACACCCGACGACAGGAAUUAUUGCCAUCACCUUGGCCUUCCACAUAUGUCACGAAGUCCAUCUCGCUGGCUUCAGAUACAACUUUUCUGACCUCAAGAGUCCUUUGCACUACUAUGGGAACGCCACCAUGUCCUUGAUGAGCAAGAAUGCAUAUCACAACGUGACUGCAGAGCAGCUCUUUUUGAAGGACAUUAUAGAAAAGAACUUUGUAAUCAAUUUGACUCAAGAUUGACCCUACGGACAGAGAAGAUAAUGCUGACAGUAUUAGUUUUAUUUUUAUACUGGCAAUUUAUAGUUUAUUUUAAAAAAAAGUUGGGUGUACUUGUCAAGAAAUUAUGUAUAUUAAGUCUGUUGCUGCCUGGUGAUUUCAUAAUCACCAGCUUAAUUUCUGUAAAUAUAAUUUAUGAAAACCAAGAUAUACUGAGUUAACAUGUCAGGGUAAAGUUGUAAUUGCAUUGUGUUUUUAAAAAUAUUUUCCGUUUUUUCAUUUUAAACUUUUGAAAGGAUGUGACUUCCUAAUAAGGGGAUUUAAGUUGACUGCAACAAAUCUGAAUAUAAGAUGACAUAUUUGGCUACUAUAAAAUGGUGGGGAAUUGGCACGUGGUUGUGACUUGAUUUGGCAAAUUGGAAGCACGCCAGGUCUAUAAUCGGCUGACUUGUUUAGUGUCUUUAAGGAAUCUGAUUGGAAGUUUAAACCAGCUCUGAAUACCGCAGUGUGGACGGUUAUAGAAAUCUAAGGUCAUACUGGCAUAAUUAGGCUCCCCCUUUGCAAUUAACUAAACCACGAUUAUGAUGAGUAAUUAGGUAGAAUGAAGAUAGUAUUUUUUGUUUUUAAGUUUAUCUAGAUGAGUAAAUAACCAAAGAGUAUAAUUACUAAAGUCUGAUGACUGCAUUAUGUUGAAGAAAUUUUUAAAAAGUUCAUACAAAGAAAGCUGAGUAAGAAAUGCUCAAGGAGAAAAUUCUUAUAGUUUAUGUUUUGUCUGGUUUAAUUCAUUAACUUUUAAAACUACUAUUUGAAGUAAAUUAAGAAAGAUGAAAAAUUUAUUACACAAGUAAAUAAAUCCUUACUAGUGUCAAGGUGUUCUUGGAUUUAGAUGGUAUGUUCAUCUCUCCUCUUACAUGGAAAGCUCACCUCACAAUCUAGGGUACGCCAGUGAAGAAUCCUAUGAUGCAAACAAACUCGUUCCUACAACUGUG